AUGUCAGACGGUUAUAUUGUUACAUUAAAAGAUUCAUGUUCAGAUUCAACUGCUAAUGAAAUUAAACAAAAAAUUGAAAGUGCUGGUGGUAAAAUUAAAGAUGAAUUUUCAUUAAUUAAAGGUUUUUCAGUUUCAUUACCAUCUGAUCAUAUUUCUACUUUAGAAAGUCAUCCAGAAGUUGCAAAUGUUGAAAAAGAUGGAGAAGUUAAAACUCAAUAA